AUGCGGAAUGAACUGCUCGAGAGACAGCUUGCUGCCACGCAACGAGCCAAUCCACGCCAUUUCAAUACCCCUACCUUACCGGGAGAGAUGGAAGGUCCUGCGACGGUACCCAGCGACGAUGGGCGAGCCACAAAUCCAGGGAGCCAAUACGUCUCCCCUUCACAGAACCAAACACUGGACCGUCCCCGCUUGGUGGAACAACAACAAGCCAUGCGAAUGCCCAGCGAAAGCCACACUGCUGCAUCUGAUCCAGCAACUGUUUUGAGCGAUGCAAACAAGGGCACACCAACCGAGUACUUCGGCGAGUCCUCGACUUUUGAUUUCAUGGCCAAAGUUGGUUCACCAGAGAAGGAAGCAUCAACUGUGCGCUCGGGUAUCCCUGGCGGAGGAUCGUCUCUGAGAGAUCCCAACACGUCCCUCGCAACCUCGUCUCCAUCAGUACCGUUGUUUGACCUCUUGAGUGCCGAGUCGGACGAUCCAUUCGGGCUACCGUCUCGAUUCGUGGCUGACCGACUGGUGGAUGCAUAUUUCAAGUACCGGCAUCCGCUUAAUCCAUAUCUGCACGAAGGGACAUUUCGACAGAGAUAUCGGCGGCUGUGGCUAAGUCAAGAUCUAGGCGGAGAAGAGGCUACACAGCAGAGCCUGGCCUGGUAUGGGCUGGUUAACCUUGUGUUUGCGUUCGGAAGUGAUCACGCCAAUAUCAGUGGCCGUUCAGCUGGCGACCGAUCCCGCUACUUCAAAAGGGCAAAGACUCUACUUGUGUCUGGCAUGUUACAAGUUAGCACCAUCGAACUCGUUCAAGCUCUGCUUUUAAUGGGUCAAUACCUCCAUGGGGCUCUCGAGCUCAACAACUGCUGGACGGUCAUCGGACUCGCAAUACGCACAGCACAGGGACUAGGGUUGCACCUCAAUCCUGCCACCUUUACUUCAGAUAAGAUUGAGCAGGAAGUUCGCAAGCGUGUGUGGUGGGGCUGUUUCGUCCUCGACCGAGUCCUGAGCAUGAAAGUUGGGCGUCCCACGAUCCCAGAUGGCCCAGGAAUCGAAGUGGGAAUGCCACUGGCAGUAGACGACGAGUUCCUGUCCAACGAAGAGGACCAAUCUGUUCAGCCUCAAGGGGUGCCUUCCAAGCUGGAGUAUUUCAACCAGGUUAUUCCGCAGUGCCGGUUGAUGGAAAAGAUCCUGAAGACUCUGUACAGCGGUGACGGGCUCGGCGACAAUUCGCAGAAAGCAAGGCCCGUGAUGGACACAACUCAAUUCCUGGCCCUGUCGAUCCAGCUCGAUGGAGAGUUGACCACUUGGCAAGAGAACCUCCCAAAGCAUCUCAAACCAGGGGCAGAGGGUCUGGAGUGGCAUUUUGAGCGACAGAGAAAUGUUCUGCUCAUGAGAUAUCUUCACGCGCGACAUCUGAUCCACCGCCAGACUCUGUUGCUCUACAUCACGCGGCGAGUCACGGACCAUUUCCAGCGCGAAAUUAUGCUCAAAUGUGUCAAGCGCUGCGUGACGGCGGCCUACGACUCGAUCACUCAGAUGGGAAGUUUGCAUCAUCAGAACAAGUUAUCGUCAUUCUGGCACAACUCGCACUAUGUCUUCGCGGCACUUGGUGUCCUCUUGGUAUACCAGACCGUCGAACCCCAGUCCAAGGCUGAUAUUGCUUUGCCUCCGAAUGUGGACGUUGACCAUGCUGUCAGAAUGGGGCUUGAGCUACUUCAACGUGUGGGUGGCCAAAUGCACCCACUUGCAUCUCGAUAUGUCCAAGCCAUCCAACAGCUACGAGCGAGACUGCAAGCCCUGCCCACAACGAGGAGCAAGGCCCCGUCGCGAGAGAUGAGCAGCUCUGACAGGAACGGAGCACAGACCGGAGCUGUAUCUUCUGGAAAUGUCAACGCCAAUCAGCCGCAAGUGCCGGCUAAUGCCGUCGGGUACCAGUAUCCUCAUCAAGCCCAGCAUCAACAAGUCGUAAAUCCCCUAUAUCCUGCCUACACGCAAGAGGCGUAUCAUGUGACGGCCGGUGAAGGGUCCUUGAGGGCUGGAUUUGAGGACGAAUUUGCCAAUAUCGAGAGCAUGUUGAUGGACAGCACGGGCUGGACUGGCUUGAUGGAUGAUUGGAGUGACAACCCAGCCCGAGACUAA